CGUUUUUUUUAAAAAAAGUAUCACUCUUUUACCCCCUCUCUUCAUUAUCUGUUUAUUUUUAUUUUGUAUAAAAAAAAAGAAGCAUAUAUGGUAGCCGAUAAUCCUGAAGAAACUAGGGAUAGUUAUGCAUCUGAAUACAACAAUACAGUCAAAGUGGAAGAAUACCGACCAUUAAAUGUUAAAGAUGCACUGUCGUAUCUUGACAAAGUCAAAGCGAAAUUCUCUUCGCAGACACAAGUUUAUAAUCAGUUUUUGGAUAUAAUGAAGGAUUUCAAAAGUCAAAUGAUUGAUACACCAGGUGUCAUUGAACGUGUCUCCACUUUAUUUCGAGGUCACCCAGCUUUAAUUUCGGGCUUCAAUACUUUUUUACCUCCAGGUUACCGUAUCGAGUGUAGCGUGGAUGAACAAUCCCGAAAUAUUAUAAAAGUAACCACACCUUCAGGUACCACCUGUAUCAACGAUAGUGGAAACCUCGACUUGUUGAAGCGACCGGAGGAAGACGAUGCUAAUAAUAUAGAGCAGCAACAGCAACAGCAACAAAAGAAGAAAAAGGAGAAGGCACCCGUGGAAUUCAACCAUGCCAUCACCUACGUCAAUAAGAUCAAGAACCGUUUCUCCAGUCAACCUGACACAUACAAAAAGUUUCUAGAGAUUUUACAGACCUAUCAAAAGGACCAGAAACCAAUUGGUGAGGUGUAUACCCAAGUUCAAGCUUUAUUCAAUGGUUCAGAAGAGCUCCUCGAUGAAUUUAAACAGUUUUUACCAGAACCUAAAGGAAGAAAGAAGCGUCUGGGUAUACCCACCCUUAGUAUCUCCAAGAGAACAAAGCAUCACCACAAAACAGAUCUUCAAACUUCCAAUGUCAGAACUCACGCGGACGAUCUCUCACGACCUACCUUUUCCGCUGAAGAAGCCGAAUUCUUUGAAAAGGUCAAGACCUACAUUGGAAACAAGGCUACUUACAAUGCCUUUCUCAAGGUUCUCAAUUUAUUCAGUCAACAAAUUGUGGACCAAAAUAUUCUCGUCAGUCGUGUCGAGAGUUUUAUUGGUGGAAGUAAAGAGUUAUUUGACUGGUUCAAGACAUUAGUAGGCUAUGAUGGGUCCGAUGAGAUGAUUGAAAAUGUGCCACUUACAUCCUCCUCCUCCAAUGCACACCCACAACAACAACAAAUCACCACCAACACUUUAUUAGCGAAUAGCGGACAGGAUGCUUGUGGACCUAGUUAUCGUCAUACACCCAAAGAAUGGCAAAAUCGAACAUGUUCAGGUCGAGAUGCAUUAUGUUGGGACGUAUUAAAUGACACGUACCUAUCUCAUCCUACAUGGGCCAGUGAAGAUACAGGGUUUGUAGCCGCCAAGAAGAACCAAUACGAGGAAGCCUUACAUCGCGUUGAAGAAGAAAGGUACGAUUAUGAUUUAAACAUUGAAGCCAAUUUAAAUACCAUUGCAUUACUGGAACCGAUCGCCAAAAAGAUCAGUAUCAUGACAACGGAGGAAAAAUCAAAUUUUCGUCUUUCCCCCAGUUUGGGUAGCCCCUCACGUACCAUCUAUCAACGUAUCCUUAAAAAAAUUUAUGGUACCGAAAAGGGAUUGGAGAUCAUUCGUCUUUUACAUCAAAACCCAGCACAGACGGUACCCAUCGUUCUAAAAAGACUAAAGCAAAAGGACGAUGAAUGGAAACGAGCUCAACGUGAAUGGAACAAGAUUUGGCGUGAAGUAGAAGCCAAGAAUUAUUGGAAAUCAUUGGAUUAUCAGGGUAUUACUUUUAAAAUGACCGAUCGCAAAGCCAUGACGACACGUGCCUUGGUAUCCGAAGCAGAAAGAAAAAGAGCAGCACAACAACAAUUUCAUUUUGAGUUGAAGGAUUUGGCCGUUUUUAAGGAUGUCUCGAGACUGGUUUAUUUCUUUUUGGAGAGACAACCCGUGUAUAAUUUAGAGGAUUGUGAAUCCAUGCGUAUGUUUAUGAAUACCAUGAUUCCCAUGUUCUUUGAUGUUGAGGAUGUACAGCCUUCCACCAUUGAAACCACAGGUGACAUCAUCAUCAUGGAAGAGGUCGUGGAAGGGGAUGAAGAUGAUAAAUCAAUACAAUCGGUGGAUUCCGUAGAUACACCUAAAAAGACCACGAGAACAAGUAGAAGACCCAGACGAGGUCAAUUACAAACUGAUGAGGAUGGUUUAUUAAAAGAUGUCUUGACACGUAAUAUGAAUAAAAAAGUACGUGGUCAUUCUUCCUCUGACGAUGAAGACGAAGAUGACGAGGACGAAGAUGAUGACGAUGAGGAUGAAGAAGAUGAAGAUGAAGGGGAAGAUGAAGAUCAUGAAGAAUCCGUCUCUAGAAAUCCACAAGAAGAAGAAGAGGAAAGUGAUGAAGAGGAAGAGGAUGAUGAAGAAGAGGAUGAUGAAGAAGAAGUUUCAGUUGAACCAGAGGAGAAUCAAAAGACAUACAACUUUUUUGGUGACAAUGGGUUUUAUUGCUUCUUUCGAUUGUAUCAAAUGUUGUAUGAUCGACUUUGUAAGAUGAAGGCGUUAGACAACGAAUUUCGAAAGCAUCCCGAGAAAUCGAAAAAGGCAUCACAGGAAGCACAAGAAUUGGGUAUCACACCACGUCGAUUUAAAGCACUCAAAAUGGAUACCAAACGAGGUUAUUAUCAUUUACUCUUGGCCUUGAUUGAUAAGCUAUUUGAAGGAGAUAUUGAACAACAGACAUUUGAAGAAUGUGUUCGUUAUAUUUUUGGUACAGAUGCUUACAUCAUGUUCACCAUUGACAAGUUGGUGUUGUCUCUGGUGCGCCAUUUACACAUCAUUAUUGCAGAUACACAAUCUCAAGAAUUAUUUGAUUUGUUUACAAACGAACAUAAGGCAGAGACAGUGGAUCAAGGGGAUCUGACUACCUAUCGAACCCGUGUGGCAGGCUUAAUUGAAGGGGGGGAAAAUACAUACCAUAUCACAUUUAAAUUGAAAAGUCGAUCACUGGGUAUUCGAUUACUAGACAACAACCAUCAUCAUCAUACGACGACACAAAGCGAGGAAGGAUGUGGUGGAUAUGAUGAAUAUGUAUCUAAUUAUAUUGAUUGGGCUAAUGAAACAAAGGGUAUCAAUCAAGCGUUACUGACCCCAAGGUUUUUAAAGAGAAAUUUAAUGUUAGAAAAGAGAAGAAAGGAAGAGAUUCAGGUUCGAUCGGGUAUGCAAUACAAGAUUUGUCGUGAUACUUAUCACAUGUUUUAUAUUAUUGGUACGGAAGAUGCCUUUGUUCGUCAAUGUGCUAAACCCAGUACUUUCAUACCAUCAUCCACAUCAUCUCAUUGGUUGGAUAAGUAUUGGCAUGAUCCUCAAGAGAAAGUCCGUGCAGAACAACAAGCUUUAUCCUUACUCCAAUAAAUAAUAAAUAUGAUACACACACACUUUUUUUU